CCAGCCAACCGCUCGUCUCUCUCUGUCAGACUAACAACACAAACUCAAUCGUUUUACCAACUAAUAAAAAUGUAACCAAAAAGGACGAAUCGCUGAAACGCGUUGUAUCAACUUCAAGCGCGCGCUCGAUCUCCAGUCCAGUCAGAAACGCGGCGAAAGGAAAGUGGAUUUUAGCAGUUUAUUAAAAAGUGAAGACAUCAGGAGACAAUGUGGAGGUCUGCCCUGCUUCUUGUUUUUCUUCUGCUGACAUCUUUCUGCUGUGGAGUGUGUUUCGAGUGUCCGGAGAUCUGCAGAUGUUCCCAGAAGAGCAUCACCUGUAACAGCGCGACGGAGAGCCAGAAGAGCCUCAGCAGACUAGUUUUGAACUACAUCUCAGUGAAGACCAUCAGCAGCCGGAGUUUCGACGGCCUGAAAGGAGUAAGAAGAAUAGAAAUCGCCCAGAGCUCCUCAGUGGAAACCAUCGAGUCUGAAGCCUUCAAUAACCUGCCGAACGUCUCCGAGAUCUCAAUCCAGAACACGCGGAACCUGGUUCACAUCCAGCAGCGGGCCUUCAACCAGCUGCCCAAACUCAGAUACCUGAGCAUCUCCAACACUGGCAUUAGUGUUUUUCCUGACCUGACCUCCAUCUUCUCCCUGGAGGCUCAUUUCAUACUGGAUAUUUGUGAUAACCUGAAUCUGCGCUCAGUACCAUCCAAUGCUUUCACCGGGAUGACGAGUGAAUACGCCACAAUGAAUCUCUUUAACAAUGGAUUUCAAGAAAUAGAGAGCCAUGCCUUCAAUGGAACAAAAAUAGACAAACUAGUGUUGAAGAACAGCCGAGAUCUGCGUGUCAUCCAUGAAGAUGCUUUUAAAGGAGCUUUAGGCCCGACUGUGCUGGAUGUCUCCUCCACGGCGCUGGAGACACUGCCCUCACAUGGCAUGGAGUCAGUGCUGAUGCUGACAGCCCGCUCAGCGUUCGCCCUGAAGAAACUCCCUCCACUGAAGAGCCUGAAGAGCCUGAGAGAAGCACAGCUCACCUUUCCUAGUCACUGCUGCGCUCUGAUCAACUGGGACAACAGCAGGGACGGUUCUGUCAACUCGGCUUUAAGAAACAGAUCGUCAUACUGUGGGGACAACAGUUCACCGGCUGACCUGUCUGCAAUCUCCUCAGAUGAUCCUCUUGAGUCAGAUGUCAUUGGAUCGUCAUCCGUCGAGGACACUUUCGGUAGCAUCGACUUCCACUAUCCAGACCUGGAUUUAUGCCAACAGCGCCAAGCACUUCAGUGCAGCCCCGAAGCUGAUGCAUUCAACCCCUGCGAGGACAUCGCUGGAUUCAGCUUCCUGCGGGUCGCCAUCUGGUUCAUCAAUAUCCUGGCCAUCGCAGGAAACCUGGUCGUCCUGCUGGUUUUAUUCACUAGCCGCUGCAAAUUGACCGUUCCCAGAUUUCUAAUGUGCCAUCUAGCCUUCGCCGACCUGUGCAUUGGCAUCUACCUGCUCAUGAUCGCAACCGUUGACUUGCGAACACGUGGACACUACAGUCAUCAUGCAAUCGAGUGGCAAACCGGAGCAGGAUGCGGCAUCGCUGGAUUUCUAUCUGUAUUCGGUGGCGAAUUAUCCAUCUAUACUCUAUCCACCAUUACAGUGGAGCGCUGGCACACAAUCACUCACGCUCUCCGACUGGAAAGACGUCUGGGAUUAAGCCAAGCAUCGCUAAUUAUGACCAUCGGAUGGCUGCUUUGUUUAGCGAUGGCACUCCUUCCCUUAAUAGGCGUCAGCAGCUACAGUAAAGUCAGCAUGUGUUUGCCGAUGGACAUCGAAACGCCUUUAUCGCAAGCUUACGUUAUACUCCUGUUGCUCUUUAACGUUGGUGCAUUUCUCGUGAUUUGCGGAUGCUAUGUGUGCAUUUACAGUGCAGUACGUAAUCCUGAAUUCCCAGGACGCGCCGCUGAUGCUAAAAUCGCGAAGCGAAUGGCGGUUUUGAUAUUUACCGACUUUCUGUGCAUGGCGCCUAUUUCGUUUUUCGCUAUUUCGGCAGCCUUUAAAGUGCCUUUGAUCACCGUGACCAACUCCAAAAUACUGCUCGUGCUUUUCUACCCCAUUAAUUCCUGCGCCAAUCCAUUCCUCUACGCCAUCUUCACCAGAGCCUUCAGGAAAGACGCUUGUAUUCUCCUGAGCUCCAUGGGCUGCUGUCAAAGCAAAGCUAACUUGUACCGGAUGAAGACGUACUGCUCGGAGAACAUCAACCGAAGCAAAAGCAGCUCCGGCUCCAAUGCGAACUCGAAAGGGCCUCGAGCCGUCAUGUGGAUGUCAAGCUUUCCUCAGUUAACACCUCGACCGCACAUACAGAGAGUCUAGCUGGGUUUCCAUCACUCCAUGUUAAUGCGCAUUUUGAAGUAUCGCAUGAGAAACGAGUGAUACAUUUCAAAUAAAAAUCCCUUAAAGGUGCUAUAGGUGCAUUUUGGACUCCUCCAGUGCAUGAAUAUACCAAAAUGGGCUGUAUUUUAUUGAUCUAAGUGCAUGGAUUAAAACGCACGGUGCACUUAGAAUGUGUCUGAAUUCACUUAUUUGAGGGGUGGAAAAACCGUUGUCGCACCAAGCGCAUAGUCUAAAAAGGUUGUCCUUAUUCCCUUGAUGAAGUUAUGGAUGGCUUUGAAGUAACGCACCAGUAACAAGUGACGAAUUUUGAAUAAAAAUGCCUUGAAGCUGCUGUAGGUACCUUUUUGGAAUUCUCUAAUGCAUAAAAUUACAAUUUUGGGCUCUAUUUUAAUGAUUUAUGUGCAUGGAUUAACACACACCAGGCACUUAGAAUGUGUCUGAAUUCACUUUCGCUAUUUUAAGAAGGGGAAAAAAGGUUGUUGCACCAAGCGCAUGGUCUAAAACGGUUGUCCUUAUUUUCUUGAUAAGUUAUGGAUGGUUUUGAAGUAUCGCAUGAGAAACGAGUGACACAAUU